GGGCGACGUCGGAGCUGUGCUACUGAGGUGAGCUUGGCGCGGCUGCGUGUGCCCGCCGGGAGAUCGGGAGAGCGCGCACAGCAGUGAGUGAUGAUCAGAGAUCAGGCAUGCCAGACUUUCAGCACGUUUCGGGUCCUCCGCCUGGCAAUUUCAAUCCACCUCCAAGUAUUCAAGAACCUUGGAGGAACCCACCACCACUCCAGCCUGAGCGUGAGCAAUUCUUCAUUUGGAGGCUGACAAUACACUGAAGUUGAUCACCACCAGCAACAGGUUCCUCCGCAGAGAAUUGUCUCCCAGCAAAGGCUUCAGAUGCAGCACCAGCGACCACAGAUGCAACAGCCUCAGCGGCCACAGAUGCAGCAGCAACCACAGAUGCCGCAGAAGCAACAGAUGCAGCAGCAACCACAGAUGCAGCAGAUGCCACAGAUGCAACAGCCGCGGCGGCCACAGAUGCAACAGCCGCAGCGGCCACAGAUGCAACAGCAGCAGCAACCACAGAUGCAGCAAGGGCCUAGGAUGCAGCAGCAACAGCGCCCACUGAUGCAGCAGAGGCCACAGAUGCAACAGCCGCAGCGGCCACAGAUGCAGCAGCAACCACAGAUGCAGUAGCAACCACAGAUGCAGCAGAGGCCACAGAUGCAGCAGCAACAGCGCCCCCUGCUGCCGCAGCGGCCACAGAUGCAACGGCAGCAGCAACCACAGAUGCAGCAACAGCCACAAAUGCAGCAGCAACCACAAAUGCAGCAGCAGAGGCCACAGAUGCAGCAGCAACAGCGCCCACUGAUGCAGCAGAGGCCACAGAUGCAACAGCCGCAGCGGCCACAGAUGCAGCAACGGCCACAGAUGCAGCAGCGGCCACAAAUGCCGCAGCGGCCACAGAUGCAACAGCCGCAGCAACCACAGAUGCAGCAGCAACUGCCACAGAUGCAGCAGCAACCACAGAUGCAGCAGAGGCCACAGAUGCAGCAGCAACAGCGCCCACUUAUGCAGCAGAGGCCACAGAUGCAACAGCCGCAGCAGCCACAGAUGCAACAGCAGCAGCAACCAUAGAUGCAGCAACAGCCACAGAUGCAGUGGAGAUGUAAAUUCCCCCUUCAGGCCCAGUUUUCCUGUCAUUCUCUGACUCACUCUACGCUCUCUCGCAUAGAUUUCGCCCUGGGUAAUGACUUGACGCUCCCCUUUGAUCCAGUGGUGACGUAUUUGGCCAGGGGCCUGUCCAACCACUCCCCGGUGCAGCUUUCCUUGGACUUCCAUAAAGUAUGUCUCCCUAUGCAUUGGAAAAUGAACCCCUCUUGGCUCCAAUUAUUUACUGAUGCAGAUCCCCAUUGAUAACCAGGGACAUAGAGCUAUACUCUCGUUAGACGCCGCUAAGGCUUUUGAUAGCGUGGAGUGGGAGUAUUUGUGGAAAGUUCUGGAGAAGUUUAAUUUGGGUGAGGGUAUAAUUUCUUGGAUUAAACUACUGUAUAAAGCACCAAAAGCAUGCAUCCGGAUAAAUAAUACCCUUUCACCUUCUUUUGAUUUACAUAGGGAAACGAGGUAGGGCUGCCCCCUGUCCCCUUUGCUUUUCGCCCUGGCCAUAGAGCCUCUGGCGGCUGCUAUAAGGGGGAAUCCAGACAUACAGGGUUUCAGGCGGGGAGAACUAGAAGAUAAAUUGGCACUAUAUGCAGACGAUGCGCUGCUGUUUCUGGGCGACACGUCUGCAUCCCUGACCCACCUUAUGCAACUGGUUCACACCUUCGGAACUUUUUCUGGCGUAGAGGCCACAGAUGCAGCAGCAACAGCGCCCCCUGCUGACGCAGCGGCCACAGAUGCAACAGCCACAGCGGCCACAGAUGCAACAGCCGCAACGGCCACAGAUGCAACAGCAGCAGCAACCACAGAUGCAGCAGCGGCCCCAAAUGCAGCAGCAACCACAGAUGCAGCAGCAACAGCGCCCACAGAUGCAACAGAUGCAGC